CCAAACGCACCUCCGCAUUCCAAAAUCUAGUGUCAAACAAAAAAAAUGGCAUUUAUGUUGACGGGGAAUCCGAAUAAUAAUUUCAUACGCAUUAAUUUAGUAACAAUAUUAAAGAAAGCUAAAAACUGUGAACCGUGAUAUGUUACUUCCGGUUUGGCGUCUGGCGUACGCUUUAAUUCCCCGGAAAAUAUUCAUUUCGCCUCGAGUAUUGAUUUGCCCUCAUCACGGCAGAGGACUUUUCGAAGUCCCGCCCUCAUGGAGCAACAAAGAGUAAAAAGAGUCGUGAUACUUUUAGUUGCUUGGGAGUGGCCUUGUCUUCCACAUACUUUUGGAUAGCUACUCAGAGAGGGUUUCCAGCACAUCCAGACACAACAUGGCUCCUAAUCCCAUUGUCCAGGCCAUCAUUGACUUCACAGCUGGAGCAGCAGGUGGCACAGCUUGUGUUCUGAGCGGGCAGCCGCUGGACACCACCAAGGUGAAGAUGCAGACGUUCCCCAACAUGUACCGAGGCUUCGCCCACUGCUUGGUGUCCACCUUCCGACAAGUUGGGAUCCGCGGCCUCUACAAGGGCACCACGCCGGCCCUGCUGGCCAACGUCUGCGAGAACUCGGUGCUCUUUCUGAGUUACGGCUUCUGCCAGGACGCCGUUCGCUCCUUGGCCGCCGUAGACGCCGGCGCCGAACUCAGUGAUGUUCAGAAAGCCUUCUCCGGGUCCCUGGCCUCCAUCUUCUCAUCCUUGGUGCUCUGCCCCUGCGAGCUGGUCAAGUGUCGCCUGCAGGCCAUGUACGAAAUGGAAGCAUCCGGCAAGAUCGCCCGAGGACAGCAGAGAGUUUGGACUGUGGUCAAGUCGGUGAUGGAGACAAACGGUCCGCUGGGUUUCUACCAAGGUCUGACGUCCUCCAUUAUCAGGGAGUUUCCGGGUUACUUCUGCUUCUUUGGCGGCUACGAGCUCAGCCGCUCCACGUUUGCACGCUACCUGGGUACGAACAAGGAGGGCAUCGGUAUUCUUCCGCUCAUGUUCAGCGGCGGUUUCGGCGGCGCUUGUCUUUGGCUUUUGAUCUAUCCCAUCGACUGCGUGAAGUCCAGGAUCCAGGUGUACUCCUUAGCCGGGAGGCAAGAGGGCUUCCUGAAGACCUUCGCGGGGAUCUUACGCAACGAGGGGUUCCGGGCUCUCUACUCAGGCCUCACGCCCACCAUGAUACGAACUUUCCCGGCCAACGGCGCCCUCUUCUUGGCCUACGAGGUUACUCGAAAGUUCAUGCUAGACGCAGUGGGCGCCUGAUGUGGAUCGCGUUGUUUCUCCCAAUGCAAAACAUUUUUGUUAAGGCUUUCAUUGUUUAAAGUUCAGAUAAAACAUCAGGCAGA